AUGGCCGACGCACCGGCGGGGUCGGCCACCGUCGCUGACGACUCCGCCGCAUUGGCUGCGGCCGUGCAGGGCGUCGGGGCAGGCGGCGCCCCUCCGGCGCCCGCUGCUGGCAUCGCGCAGGCGCCGCCCACCGCUGCGGCGGGCUCAUCUUCUCUUCCUUUUGCCGUGGCAGUGCCCGUCGGCGCCAUAGUCGGGACGCUACCGAACAGCAAGAAACGGAAAGUCUCGCUCCGCCCCGACGGCACGCGAUUCGAGAUCGACGACGACGGGAUCCGCGAGCCCUUUGUCAUGAGGGGCGACGUGCCGUUCCACGACGUUGUCGGCUGCACCAAAGCGGAAGGGUUUACCAGUACGUCCGCCAGGCACGACCGUGCCCUUCUGCUCCACUGCCGCGCAUGCCGCACGGCGCGGGAGAACGCCGCCAGGCGGGCUGAGGGGGCGGCGGCGGAGGCGGCUCGGAGGCAGGCGUCGGCGGCAGCGGCAGCGGCGGCGGCAGAUGACGCCGAGGCACCACCGCCACCGCCGCCUGGAGAGCCGGGGGCCAAGCGCGGUAAGCUCGACUUCUUCUACAAGAAAGAGUCCGGUCCGCCGCCAGCACCGGCGCCAUCGCCGGCGGCGAGCGGCGAGAGCGGCAGCGCGAGUGAGGGUGCCGACGGCGGCGCGCCCGCGCGCGCAGCCAAGGCUCCCACCGCAGCGGACGCACCGGCGGCAGCGGCGCCGGCGCCGGCGCAGUCACUCGCCGAGGAGGACGCCGCGGCCCGCGCCAAGCUGCGCCUCGAGCAGGGCGACAGCUUCGAGGCGGCGGUCGACCGUCACUUCUCCGCCAUGGAGCUGGAGGUGCCAUGGGGGGUGGGUGGCGAGGAGGCGGCGGUGCUCGCGAUGGAGGCGGUCAAAGCACACGCGCAGUUGCUGCACCGGUGCCCCGGCUACACGCUGAAUCUCGGCGGCAACCCCGUUGCGACGCACUACCCCUACGCCCGCCACCUCACGGAGAAGCCGCCGUGGACCAUGCCAGACGAGGACGGCGUCGUGCGCGCGCGGCGGCUAGGGCCUGCCGAGCCGGGCUGCGAUCAGCUGGUCACCAUCGAGCUGGGCGAGAAGGAGGCGAUGCCGUGCACCGCGUGCAGCAAGCUCGGCUCCCUGGUCAGGCUGCACGAGCUCGAGCGCAAGGCUGUGGAUCCCGGGUUCAGCGCCACGACUGCUCACGACGCGUACCUGUCUCACGUCCAGAUGUGUGAGCGGCGAGACACGCAGAAGGGGCGGCGGCACGCGGAGCACCUGUCGGGCCACACUGCGGGCCGCGCCGUCGACCGCGCCGUCAAGAACCGCGACUGCACCAAGCGCGUCUUCAAGCUCCUCACGGCCAACAAGCUGCCACGCGUGCACCAGCUCUUCUCGCAGGCGCUCAAGCGCGGCGCCACCUCCGAGAUGAUCGAAAAGCUCGUGACCAAGUACGUGAACGGCGAGUACGCGCCGCGCGGCUACGACCAGGAGGACUGCGACCGCUCGCUGCUCGCCCUCCGCCUCAGCGGCGGCCGGCUCCUCUACUCGCUGUCCAAGUCGAGCGGGCACGCGUCGCGCUCCUUUGUCUACCAGUGCGGCCGGCCGCUGCACCGCUUCCUCAUCUGCCCCGCCGCGAUCGAGGAGGCCAUCGUGAGGGGCAACAUGGAGCACUUCAUCUUCUCCAAGCCGGCGUCGGGUCGCACGCUGUGGACGCUAAUGGCGGACAACGUCGCAGUCGACGGGCGCCCCCGCUUCGCCCAGCAGCGCAACUGCAUCUACGGCUUCUGCCGCGAGCACACUCCCGGCGGCGGCGCACCACUCUUCUUCAACAGUGCGGCGGACGCGAUCAACCUCAAGGCGCAGUUCGAGGCUGGCACAGUCCACCUCGCCAAGGAGGCGCUCGUGGCGGCCCUUGCGCCCAACUCCAAGACGGAGUACCACUGCCGGCCGGUGGCGGCGCAGGGCUCGUGCUGCAAGGACACCAACUGGAAGCACCACCACAGCGUCAUCGCGCUCAUCGAGAAGGUCUGGUAUGAGGACCCGCGCGGCUACGCGAUGCGCGGCCCCAUCUCCAACUCGGUGCGCGACACCCUCGCGCAGUGCCCCCUCUUCGACUUGCUCUCCGGCCCGCACUGCAUCACCGACGACACGGACUACAAGCACGAUGGCAAGGGCUUCAAGCGCGCUCUGAAGGCGGUGGACCGGGGCGUCCAGAUCGUUUCGCACACCUUCUACGCCGCCGACUGGCGCCGCAUCUUCGCCGCCCUCGGCUACACGGAGAAGCAGAUCAAGGAGAUGCUCGAGCCCGACGACGAGCAGAACGUCGAGGCGAUGGUGAUGCUCUUCCAGGCGCUAGCCAAGCUGAGCGACGUGACGGCCGAGACGCUGAGCGGGGCGGGCCUCGGUGUGCCCGCUCUCCUAGGUGUCAAGGCGAAGGAGCUGCAGCUAAUCGGCGCCAUCGCGGCCUGCUACGUCUUCCUCUUCACGGCGAACGACAAGAGCAUCCACGAGCAUCUCGUCAACCUCGCCGAGCUGCAGUUCCUCCUCUUUGUGCUGUUUCGGCGCAACGGCACGAGCUUCCUCCCCGGCCAGAACUACUCCAACACCUCCUCCAUGAUUCGUGCCAAGUUCAAGUCGGUCGCACUUGCGCAGGCCGAGGGCAUCACCGUCUACUACAUCUUUCUCGACUGCGACGACCUGCUCGAGGGCUUCUUUGGCGUCCUGCGCACCAUGUCCGGCACGCACUCCAACUUCGACAUGCUGCAGCUGGAGGAGAAGGCGAGCGCCGCGAUGCAGGUCUGCGAGAUCUACACGCGGCGCCCCGAGUGGGAUCGUGGCAGCCGCCGCCUCUCCGGCUCUCUCGACCACUGGAACACGCGCUCGUGGACCGGCUGCGUCGACCCUUCGAAGGUCAACGUGCCGCAGGCGUGGGCGGAGGGGAUGGGGCGCGCGCGCGGUCGCUUCUGUGCGACUGGCCUCAUCCCCACCGCCCAGGUCGACUUUGCCGCCAUCGCGCGCGAGGUAGUCGGGGAGGGGGCGGGGGGGCACCCCACUGUGCUGAUGCCGCGCGGGGAGGUGGCGCUCGCCGAUGCCGAGGCGAACACAAAGGUCGACCCGAUGCUGUACGACGUGCCUGACACGAAUGGCACGGCGGUUCCCAAGGCGGCAUUCUUGCGCGAGGUGUUCUCUGGCGCCUACGGAGCCAACCAACGCUUGUCGGCGGAUCGGCUCAAACGCGUUGCAGGGAUUGCUGCGCGCAAGCGGCCAGCCGAGGCGGAGGCGGCUGGCGGCGCGUUCCUCCACGAGAGCGUGCACCCCGACGACUCGGUCGCGGCGCUCGUGUCCUAUGAGUGCCCGUCCCAAUCUGGCACGCUCAAGGUGACCGUCGCUGUGGUGGAAGUGCAUCGGCUGGACAAGGGCAACGGCGACAAGCGCGUCCCAGCCCUCGAUGCAGCGGACCUCGCGGACGAGAAGGCGCUCGUCGUGGGGCGGGUGCUGCCGCUGGUCGUCAGCGAGGAUGGUGCUUCCUGCACCUUCUACGAGGGAGGGUGGGGGGAGCAGGUCAGCGCGAUUGCGCCCAUGAUCGUGCCGCUCGACUACGAGUGCGCAAAGGAUGGCGACAAGCACACGCUGGUCUUCUCCUCGGACGACCUCAAGCACGCGCUGGACACGCUGGUGGACGCCAACAGCGAGCGGAUGUCCAAGGUGCCCAAGACGUCGGUGUCGAUGACAUGCGUACCCUACGUCCACAACGGCUCGCCUCUCUUCGACUCGCCUUCUGGGGGCGAGCUGAUCAAUGAGACCACGGCAGCCAAGGAGGUUGCGUGCAGCAUAUGCAAGCAAGUGUGGCCGUCGCUUGAGAUGCGGCAGCAUAUGGGCUUCCACAUCCUGCACGAGCCCGCACGGCUCACGUCCGCCAACCCGUGCGGCUUCUGCGGCGGCGAUGCCAGCCUCUGCCGCAGCUGGCUGGACACGACCGCCAAAACCACCAACCCCCGCACCAAGUGCGUGCUGCUAAAGGGCGUCGCGGGGCAGGAGCCGCUCAAGUACUCGCACGGUCACGCCAAGAAGAUGUCCGCCCCCGCGCCCUGCACCAACCACUUGGUUGAGUGCGAGUUGUGCGAGCCCGAGCAGGGAGGGAAGCGGCCAGUGUUUUGGAGCUACAACUUGCGCGCCCACCAUGCGGCGGCGCACCCCUCUCACCCGGUGCCCGCCGCUGCUCUGGUGGGGGAUCUGGAGCGAGAGCUGGUGCGACAGGUUGGUGCAGCCGAGGGCCGUGGCCCACGCGUCGGCGAGAUGAGCGUGCGGCUCUGUCGCGACCAGAGCGGCCAGCACAAGGGCCAGAAGUACCCGGGGCUGUUCCUGCUCAAGCUGACUGGCAACCCGAAGCACAGGGGUGGGCUCACAGUCGCCGAGCUGCGAAAGUCGUCUGCGCAGGACGAGCGCAAGAAGAUCCGCGUCGACGAUCGCGUCACGCAGAUCAAUGGCGCUCCCGUCGGCACCUUCCAGUCGCUCGAGGCGGUCAAGGAGUACAUCCGGACGCAGGAGACGCUGAUGCUGCACGUUGAGCGGCGCGAGGUGCAGCUGCGCCAGCGCGGCAUCCGGCGCGAGGCGCGAAAUCACCUCGAGGGCGUCCUGUUCCAGCAGCCGCAGCUCGCCGCCCUCGUCGCCCACGUCCCAGCCGCCAUGCCCGCCGACUGGUACGACACGCUCGACGUGCGGGUGCACACGCUGUCGCUGCUCGCCACCGCCGCCGGCGCGGCCGCCGCGGAGGCCGCCGCCCGCAUCGCCGCCAACGACGACCGCGCUCGCUCCGAGAUUCGGUCGGAGGACGUGGAUGCGCUCUGGCGCUCUUCGUACGACGAGCGGGUGGCGCGCGAGGCGGCGGGUGUGGUGGACGGGACGCGCAAGGUGUGGAUCCGGCUGCAGAUGGUCGAGUCGGGCGACUCCAAGGAGACCGAGGGCCAGCCCCCAAUCUUUGACCCGUCGGGGAUCGUCCACUUUCGGCGCGCGCGGCAGCAAAAGCCGACAGCCAGUCCGGCGGUGGUGCUGCGGCUGCGCAUCAACCCGCUCGGGGACACACUCCGCGUCUGCCUCAUGCAGCGGCCAGGCCUGCAGCCGCGCGAGCCCUGCACCACCUACACGACUCCUAGCACGGCACGUGUUCUCAUGUAG